AAAUAAGGUAAUUCAUUGGGUAACAAUUUUAUUUAAAAAUUCUGUUUAAUAUUCUACCAGCAACGUAUACUUACAACAAUAGCGCAGGCUGUCGUGGAGGGGAGACGAUAUACUUCCUCACAGUGCCAUUAUUUCUCAAGCGGCUUCCUCUCAACGAACACACACACUUCCUCCACUACAGCAACACUUUGCUUGACUGCUUUGACGCUCUCGGACAGAUUGUAGGCUAUAUGUUCAUACAAAACCUGCCAUUAAAGAUAGUAUGUUUGGUGUCUAAGACAGUGAAGGGGUCAGAAUGCAGAGCAUCAAGUGUGUGGUGGUAGGAGACGGUGCAGUAGGGAAGACCUGCCUACUCAUCUCCUACACCACCAACGCCUUCCCCAAGGAGUACAUCCCCACUGUGUUUGACAACUACAGCGCCCAGGUGACUGUGGACAGCAGGACUAUUAGCCUCAACCUGUGGGACACAGCAGGCCAGGAGGAGUAUGACCGCCUGCGCACCCUCUCCUACCCCCAGACCAACGUGUUUGUCAUCUGCUUCUCUGUCGCCAGCCCCCCCUCCUUUGAGAACGUCAAGCACAAGUGGCACCCAGAGGUCACCCACCACUGUCCCAAUACGCCUAUUCUACUGGUGGGCACCAAGAAGGACCUGCGUAAUGACCCAGAGGUGUUGAAGAAGCUUAAGGAUCAGAACCAGAUGACCAUCACCCAACAGCAGGGCACCGCCUUGGCCAAGCAGAUCCAAGCCAUCAAGUACCUCGAAUGCUCUGCCCUCAACCAAGACGGAAUCAAAGAGGUGUUCGCUGAGGGUGUACGGGCCUUUCUCAACCCACAACCUGUCGCCACCAAGAAACCUUGUGUGCUAUUGUAAAGGCAGUAGAGAUACUAUCACGUAUGCAAAUCAAACAGAACAAUAUUAAUUAAUUGAAUGUGUGUAAACCAUUGGAGUUGAUUUUAUUGUGAAAUAUGUUUUUGUUGUACUGCCGAUAACAAACACUGCCAUAUCAAGACUUCCUUGAGACAAGGGGAUCAUUGAGGCAGAGGCAUUGGCUCAAGAUGGAUGCCUCGAAACUGAGCCAAUGUUAGGUAGGCAAGAAGGGCCUGAGUCAAAUGCUGUCUGUAAGAAUCCUUGCUUUUGUAUAUCCAUUAUUUUGCCCUCUUCCUUUAUAGCAAUUGACAAACAAGACCUGAGACUUUCUGACGAGGUUUUCUCAUUUAUCAGUGCUUGUAUUGUUGUCACAUUCUGACAUGUAAUGGCCUUCACAAAAAUAAUUUAAAAAAAAUCAGGAAUUGAAAUACCCAUACUCCCAUAAUGAAUACUUUUAUUUUUUUACAAAUAUUUUGUUGUAUCAUAGAUGUGUGUUUUUGUGCACCAUCAGGUGUGCUGUUAGUGCUAGUCAACUUUGUCUGAAUGUGUUGAAUGCUGGACACAAAAGAGGAAAUGCAGAGAGAGGUUUUUUGAUAAGAAAUGCAUAGGCUGAUUUUCCUAUCGAAGGUCAUUAGUCAGUGUGUGUGUGUGUGUGUGUGUGUGUGUGAUAGAGGAGAGGAGAGAGACGGGAGAGGAGAGAGAAAUAGAACCUGGUUGUAACUUCUCUCUGAAAGUCCUUAGCUUAUUAUCUAUUUUAGUUAAGUUGGGGUUCUAGAUGUUUUAAUGUUGUGUAACUAUUUUGAGAAGGCUAUGACCACACUCUUCGAGGGUGUCUCAGGGUUGGGAAAUACAAAAAAACACAUUUCCAAUUCAAACAUAAGCACCCACCAAAUUAUUAUUAUUAUUAUUACAUCUUCUGUACUGUUAUAAACGAGAGAUAGAAAUUGUGUGCAAACUGUAGUGCAGAUUACUGUGACAUGUGUUUAUUCUUAUCAUCAGGAACAGCAAAUAAAUGUGUUGAUCAAUGCAUACAAUUAAAUUAAUACUUCAAGAAUGCCAAACCCUUUCCAAUGUAGUCAUGGGAUGUGAUAGAAACCAGCAUGCUAAACAACGAUGACGUCCCUGAUUUGCCUGUGAAUGAUUUGGAAGUGAAAUGAUCCAGCUUGCUGUUACAGAGUUGUGAAACAUACAUUUUCAUUUGUUGCACAAUCACUGUCCUCUCCCAUACCUCAGGCCACUGGACUCAUUUGACAGUGAAAUAAGGCCUCCGUGCCUUUGCUCUGCCUGCUGGAUAAGACACCUCUUUGUGUGAGAGCAGUGGAGGGACAUACAGAUAGAUGUCCUUACUGUUUUAGUAUAGUAUAUACUGUAUGUGCCUGUAUACAACACCCACUCUAGUACUAUCUGGAUCUACCUCUCCAUCUCAUUCUCUCUCUCUCUGUGUGUCUCUGUCACUCUGUGUAUAUAUCUCUCUCUCUCUCUCUGUGUCUCUCUCACUCUGUGUCUCUCUCUCUGUCUCUCUCACUCUGUGUAUGUCUCUCUCUCUGUCUCUCUCUCUCUCUGUCUCUCUCACUCUGUGUAUGUCUCUCUCUCUCUCUGUCUCUCUCUCUCUCUCUGUGUGUCUCUCUCACUCUGUGUAUGUCUCUCUCUCUGUCUCUCUCUCUCUGUCUCUCUCACUCUGUCUCUCUCACUCUCCGUCUCGCUCACUCUCUCUGUCUUUACAAAUGAGGAAGUACAUUUACUUGUAACUUCCUUAAUUUAGGUUGUGGACCUCACUGACUGACUGACUCACUAAAAAUAAACAUGUUAUGUAUGGUAAAUAACUAAAACGUUCUGAAAUAAUUGUUUAAUAAAGCUUAAUGUUUACAAAA